AUGGUUAUUUUUGUCGACCUAGACGACGAAGAUGUCGAGCCGCCGCAUCACCUGCAGCACGGCAAGCUGCUCUGGAGCAGCACCGCCGCCGUUCUCGACCGUGCACACGCCCAACAGGUGCGGACGCCGCCUGCGUCUCCCCCCAUCCGACCCCAGACACAGAACAAGACACAGUCGGAAGGGCCGUCAAUACAGGAUGACGCCAAUGCCCACGACAGUGUCGAGGAGGCUCACAAGCCCGAUGUUGUGGAGAUUCCCAACUGGAAUUCCAUGACAGAGGCUUUGGGAUGCUAUCCCCUGGCACGCACCUGUCGCCAGAUCCGUGCCGGCCUAAUUCAGUUCCGCAAGCCGCUGCUCGCGUCCACCCUCCGAUGCCACAAUGAAAAUCUACCCGUCGACACCGAAGAGACACUGCGGUACCGGGCACGCGCGGGCAACUGGUUCUACAUGGAAGACCAGGCGCGCACAUCAUAUGAUACUAAGGCGGGCGAGUGUGCACGCGACAUGGUGGGCGGCUGCCGGCGCUGCGGCACUAUAGUGUGUAGAAACUGCGCGAUCAAACCUCCUGCACCUAUUGUCCUCCGUGACCGCCAUCGCCGUCUCUGUGAUGGUUGCGUCAAGGCACCUCUCACUACGCUCGCCAAGCCGCCCCUGCCUGCCUCUACACCUUUGGAAUCCGAUGUAAUGCAACUGGCCAUCUGCUGCUGUGCGUCUGAGGGGGUCUGGCUCUGUCAGCCGUGUGGUCGUAGUAUCCGUGGUGCCGACUACGACUACAGAGCCAUCUGGAAGUGGCGGACACAAUACGGCGAGGUGCUUGGGGGUCUCGGAACGGGCAUCGGUGAGGGUGAUCGUGGCGUGAUUUGCGGUCGCGACCAGGACUGUUGCUGUGCCAAAGAGCGCGAACAGGAAACUGACUGCGAUGCUGAAGACGCACGCGAGGCCGAAGACUCGCCCAAUGGCUCGUUGGCAGGCUCCGCAAGCCCCCUGGCAUCGCCAGCCGUGUCGCCCUCGGCUAUCAUGAACGAGUCGCCCUGGGCGGUUCCUGUCGCGCCAGCUACACAAGCUGCAGCCACAGUCGGGUCGCCGCUUUAUUCACCCGAGGUUGCGGCCGCUCUGACCAACCGCCGUACCCCGUCGCCUGCACUUGGCCCAGGAUAUGCUCGACACGAGAUCGAGGGCAUCGGUGGCGUUGUGAAGCGGAAGCGCGUCAAGAUGGUGCGGGUGGGCGCCUGCGUCCACGACUGGGAGGAUGAGCUGGCACGGGGCGCCAUUCUCGAGCGUGAGAUCACGGGUAGUGUACGGAGUUGGUGCGGCUGGUGCUGGCGGCCGAUUCCUAGCCAGCGUGACGCAGGCAACCAUGGCCCGGACGACCAUGUGGAUUUGCAGGCGCACUACUAG